AUGACGUCACUUCAAGAAUCAAUUGGAGGUACCGGCUUUGGGCUGGGUGUUUAUUGGUCAGCUCAAAACACAGGGUCAUUCAAAAUUGUUUUCAUUUGGCGGGUACUCUUUUUUUUCUUUCUUUCUACCCUGUUUCGAUUCCUUCUUCCUUUCUGCCCUUUUCUUAUUCAUUCUUUCUUUCUUACUACCCUCUUUCUUCUUCUUUCUUUCUUGUCUUUUUGUGGAUAUUUUAUUUAUUUUUCUUAUUCUUUUCCUUCUCACACCCUUCCCAUCACGAUCUCUUUCUUUCUUACUCUCUUUCUCUCCCUUGCUCUCCUUUUCUCUCCCUGUUUCUUCUUUUUCUCGCCUUUUGCUCUCCUUUUCGUUCCCUUUUCUCCCCUUUUAUCCCUUGCUCUCCUUUUAUCUCCUAUUGCUCUCCUUUUAUCUCCCCUUGCUCUCCUUUUCUCGCCUUUUGCUCUCCUUUUCAUUCCCCUUUCUCCCCUUUUAUCCCUUGCUCUCCUUUUCUCUCCUAUUGCUCUCCUGUUAUCUUCCCUUGCUCUCCUUUUUCUCGCCUUUUGCUUUCCUUUUCGUUCCCCUUUCUCCCCUUUUAUCCCUUGCUCUCCUUUUAUCUCCUAUUGCUCUCCUUUUUAUCUCCCCUUGCUCUCCUUUUCUUGCCUUUUGCUCUCCUUUUCAUUCCUUUUCUCUCCCCUUUUAUCCCCUUGCUCUCCUUUUUUCUCCUAUUGCUCUCCUGUUAUCUCCCCUUGCUCUCCUUUUUCUCGCCUUUUGCUUUCCUUUUCGUUCCCCUUUCUCUCCUUUUAUCUCUUGCUCUCCUCUUAUCUCUUAUUGCUCUCCUUUUAUCUCCCCUUGCUCUCCUUUUCUCGCCUUUUGCUCUCCUUUUCAUUCCCCUUGCUCUCCUUUUCUCUCCUGUUAUCUCCCCUUGCUCUCCUUUUUCUCGCCUUUUGCUUUCCUUUUCGUUCCCCUUUCUCCCCUUUUAUCUCUUGCUCUCCUCUUAUCUCUUAUUGCUCUCCUUUUAUCUCCCCUGCUCUUCUUUUCUCGCCUUUUGCUCUCCUUUUUUCGCCUUUUGCUCUCCUUUUCUUUCCCCUUUCUCUCUUUUUCUCUCCUAUUGCUCUCCUUUUAUCUCCCCUUGCUCCCCUUUUCUCGACCCUUAUUCCCAGUUUCUCUUCUACUUGUUCUCAUCUUUUUGUAUUCGUUUUUUUUCUUUCUUUUUCAUGCCCUUUUUUUUCUCAAUCUGUUUCUCUAUUUCUUUCUUUCUCCCUUUCUCUCUGUUGUAAAAAAAAUGUAACUUUUUUUCUUCCUGUCUUUUUUUUGUUGUUGUUUUCAUCCUUGUCGUUCUUCCAAAUUAAAUGUUUUCUAAUAUAUUUUCUCAAUAUUUUGGAAUGGUCUUUGAUUCGUAAAUUUGUCUUUGUUUCCUUGGUCGUCUUCUCUUUCGUCUUUUGUUUUCUUUUUAAUUUUCUUUCUUUUGUUCUCGCUUCUCUUCUUUCUUUUUCUUUUCUUAUCUUCUAUCUUUGUUCCUUUCUUUCUUUUCAUUUUCUUCUUUUUUUUUCGUGUUUUUCGGUUUCUUUCAUUUCUUCUUUCUUUGUUCUGUUCCAAUAUUUAUUUCUAUUUUCUUUUCUUUCUUUUUUUCUUUCUUUCUUUCUUUCUUUCUUUCUUUGUUCGUUCUAUUCUAGUCUUUUUCUUUCUUUCUUUUUUCUCAUCUUUCUUUCUUCUUCCUUUUGUUUAUUGUUGUUUUCGCUUUCUUUCUUUUCUUCUCAUCUUUCUUUCAUUACUUUUUCUUUUUUACUGUUUUCGCUUUCUUUUAUUUCUUCUUUGUUCUCUUCCCAUAUUUCUUUCUUUUCUUUCUUUCUUCUCUUGCUUCCCUUCUUUCUUUUUGGUUUUCUUUUUGGUUCGUUCUGUUCUGGUUCUUUCUUUCUUUCUUUCUUUUCUUCUCAUCUUUCUUCUUUUUUUCAUUGUAUUUUCUUUUUGGUGUUUUCGCUUACUUUCAUUUCUUCUUUCAUUUUUCUCUUCCAAUAUUUAUUUCUUUUUCUUGUCUUUCUUUAUUUUGUUCUUGCUUUCCCUCUUUUUUUUAUUAUUUCUUUGUUCUGUUUUGUUCCUGUAUUCUUUCUUUCUUUCUUUCGUUUAUUUCUUCUAUUUUUUCUUUCUGUCUUUCUUUCUUUCAUUACUUUUUUUUUCUUUUUUGGUCUUUUCGAUUUCUUUCCUUGUUCUGUUUUCUUUCAUUCAUUCUUUCUUUUCUUUUCUUUCUUUCUUUUCUUUCUUUCUUUUCUUUCUUUCUUUUCUUUUCAGACCCUUCAACAGCUCACUUUCAUCAUUUACUAA